UGUCAUCUCAAACUCACGGCAUCAAAAAUAAAUUUGACGGGGGGCCGCUUUGUCAAAAUUUGCCGUAUGUUUAUAAAGGGGCGUGGCAUAAUGACUGUGUGUAUGUAGCCGCAUUAGCGAACCUUAUCAGACUAACACUACAUACAUACGUCGAUCGGCAGAUCUUCAAUUGCGCUCCUAACAGCAGCUCAGUGUGCUUUUCCUUGUUGCCGGGCUGUGACAUCACUGUCACCAACCAAGUGCUGCCUUUUCUCCGGUCCCGUUCGGCAUUCUUCCAAAUUCAACUUGAAAUUAAACAGAUCUUUUGGCCAAAAAACUCAGCCACCAUGUGUCAAGCCGGGGGCCAGAUGCUGUGCGAGAUCAAGAACAUGGUUCUUUCGGGCGAUCCGGAGCUAGAUGGCGAGAUCCGCAAGUGGAUUCGAUGGGACAAAUGUGCCAGCACCGCCUGCCAAAUCAUGGACGCAGUUCGGGCAAAGGAUUGGGACACGCUGCGCAAAAGGCUGUGCACCCGCAUCAGCUUUGGCACUGCAGGGUUGAGGGCUUGCAUGCGGGCUGGUUUUGACUCCAUGAACGAGCUGGUGGUCAUUCAGACGGCGCAGGGCUUGUGCGAGUACAUCAAGGAACAGUACCCUGAUCCGGCGGACUGGUCCGGGCGUGGCAUUGUCUUCGGGUAUGACGGUCGGUACAAUAGCCACCGUUUCGCCGAGCUAUCGGCCAUUGUGUUCCUAAACAACGAUUUCAAGGUGUGGUUGUUCAAGCGCUACGUGGCCACGCCCAUGGUGCCUUUUGCCAUCUUGAGGCUCCAGUGCUUGGCCGGCGUCAUGGUGACUGCCUCACACAAUCCCAAGGAGGACAAUGGCUACAAGGUGUAUUGGACCAAUGGAGCUCAAAUCAUCCCACCACACGACGAGGGUAUACAGGAGGCAAUUUUAAACAAUUUGGAGCCCAAGGGAUCAUCCUGGGACGACUCGGCGAUGUGUUCGAACACAAUGCUGGAGGAUCCGUACGACAUCGUUGUGCCGCCAUAUUUCGAUAUCCUAAAGAAAAAACUGCCCUGUACUAUGCUUGAGCCAAACGGAAGGUGUCCUAUCUCCUUCACCUAUACGGCCAUGCAUGGCGUGGGCUAUGAAUUUGUGAAGCAGGCUUUCGCCCGAAUCAAUAUGAAGCCGUUCAUUUCGGUGUGCGAGCAGCAGGAGCCGGACCCAGAGUUUCCCACCACUCCGAUGCCCAAUCCGGAGGAGGGAAAGACCUCUUUGGAUUUGUCCAUUAGAACAGCGAAAGCCAACAGUAGCCAAAUCAUUUUAGCCAACGAUCCCGAUGCCGACCGCCUGGCAGUUGCCGAAGUGCGGGAGGAUGGUAGCUACAAGCUGUUCAGUGGCAACGAGGUGGGCGCCCUCCUGGGCUGGUGGUCUCUAGAGCUGCACAAAAUGCGAGAGCCCGACUGCGACGUAAGCAACUGCGUGAUGAUAGCUAGUACGGUGAGCUCAAAGAUCCUCAGGGCCAUGGGAGAGCGGGAAGGCUUCCAGUUCUUCGAAACACUGACAGGUUUUAAGUGGAUGGGCAACAAGGCAAUCGAGCAACAGCAGGCUGGAAAGACGGUGUUGUUUGCCUUCGAAGAGGCUAUCGGCUUUAUGGUCGGCACUGCCGUGCUUGACAAGGAUGGUGUCAGCGCGGCUGCCCAUUUGGCCACCAUGGCGUGCUAUCUUCGGUGCAAACUGUGCAUGACACUGCAGGAGAAACUUCGUGACAUAUACGAGACAUAUGGGUUCCACACGACUAUCAGCUCCUAUGUCAUAUGCCGCUGCCCGCCGGUCAUCGAGCAGAUCUUUGAGCGCUUGCGCACAUGGGACGAGGGCAAGGCAGACACCUAUCCGACCAGCAUCCUUAACGGCGAGUACGAGAUCGAAAACGUCCGUGAUCUAACCACUGGAUUCGACAGUAGCACUGGCGACAAGAAGGCCACCUUGCCGACAAGCUCCAGCUCCCAGAUGAUCACAUUUACCUUUAAAAACGGCCUUGUAGUCACUCUACGCACCAGCGGCACGGAGCCCAAGAUGAAGUAUUACGCCGAGAUGUGUGGCAAACCGGACGAGAAAAACUGGGGCAAGCUGACUAAUACUAUGAACACCAUGGUGGAGGCCAUUGUGGAGGAAUUCUAUGAGCCAAGCAAGAACGGCCUCCAGCGCAAGAAGGAGUAAUCCGAAUACGCCUUUAAGUGGAUAGACUAGGCGACUUGGACGAAGACACGUAGACCUGUCUAAAAUUAGAAGUUCUAUACCAACAGCACUGACGCACAAGCCAAAAAUCAACAGCUGCGCAAGCUGUUGCCUAUUAUUGUUUAAAGGAUAUCUGAUAUGUUAGUACUCCACCCACAUUCGGCUUGUAUUUAUGAAAUUACGUAAAUAAAAGCGUACGCACCAUCCACCAGGCACCACCUAA